AUGUGGCCGCUGUGUGACACGGAUUAGCCUAGCAUAUGGAGUUUAAAUGGACAGGAUUUCUUCAUUUCUGAUGGUUUUUGCUUUGUUUAAGGAUGAAGCUGUUAGACAGAGGUGUAGUUUGGUGUUUUGUGGUUUUGUUCUGCCUCGUUUGGGGAAGUAGUAGCGGUGACACACACACUGAUCUCAGGAGAGAGGAGGAGAAGAAGAAGGAGGAUGUGGACCAGAACCAGGACCAGAACCAGGACCAAACCCAGGUCCUCACAGGAGGAGGAGGAGGAGGGGGAGGAGGAGGCGAGGAGCACUUAGGGAUGAAUGAAAACACACCAGACCAACAAACUGACUCUAGCAGAAUAAACGGCACAGAAACGCCGGGCAAUGAAACCUUACACAGCGUCACGCCCACUGCCAAGGCGACGACCUCGACCCCGCCCACUGUCAAGCCUAUCCUGCCGGUCCAGACGGGGGUCAAAGCGCAGGAGGAGGAGCAGUCGAGCGGCAUGAGCAUCUUCUUCAGCCUGCUCGUCAUCGGAAUCUGUAUCAUACUGGUUCACCUGCUGAUCAAAUUUAAGCUGCACUUCCUGCCCGAGAGCGUAGCUGUCGUGUCACUGGGUAUCCUGAUGGGAGCUGUUAUAAAGAUCAUUGAGACUCAGGAGCUGGCUAACUGGAAGGAGGAGGAGAUGUUCAGGCCCAACAUGUUCUUCCUCCUGCUGCUGCCUCCCAUCAUCUUCGAGUCAGGAUACUCGCUUCAUAAAGGAAACUUCUUCCAGAACAUCGGCUCCAUCACGUUAUUCGCCGUCAUCGGCACGGCCAUCUCCGCCUUCAUAGUCGGGGGCGGGAUCUACUUCCUGGGUCAGGCGGAUGUUAUUUACAAGAUGACCAUGACGGACAGUUUUGCAUUUGGUUCUCUGAUCUCAGCCGUGGAUCCUGUAGCCACCAUCGCUAUCUUCAACGCUCUGAACGUAGAUCCGGUCCUAAACAUGCUGGUGUUCGGCGAGAGCAUUCUCAAUGACGCCGUGUCAAUCGUCCUCACCAAUACAGCAGAGGGCUUCACCAGCUCAGACGCCUCGUCUGUAACGGGAUGGCAGACGUUCCUGCAAGCGCUCAGUUACUUCCUGAAGAUGUUCUUUGGCUCGGCCGCCCUCGGCACGCUCACCGGCCUCAUCUCUGCCCUCUGCCUGAAACACUUUGACCUGAGGAAGACGCCGUCUCUGGAGUUCGGCAUGAUGAUCAUCUUCGCCUAUCUCCCGUACGGUCUCGCCGAAGGCAUCAAACUGUCUGGUAUAAUGGCGAUCCUGUUUUCGGGUAUCGUCAUGUCCCACUACACACACCAUAACCUGUCUCCUGUAACACAGAUCCUCAUGCAGCAGACGCUCCGCACUGUCGCCUUCAUGUGUGAAACCUGUGUGUUCGCUUUCCUGGGUCUCUCCAUUUUCAGUUUCCCCCACAAGUUCGAGUUUUCUUUUGUUAUCUGGUGUAUUGUUUUGGUUCUUCUUGGUCGAGCCAUAAACAUCUUCCCUUUGUCCUUCUUACUCAACUUCUUCCGUGACCAUAAGAUCACGCCUAAAAUGAUGUUCAUCAUGUGGUUCAGUGGCCUGAGGGGGGCGAUCCCGUACGCUCUGAGCCUCCAUCUCGGCCUCGAGCCCAUCGAGAAGCGGCAGCUGAUCGGCACCACCACCAUCGUCAUCGUGCUCUUCACCAUCUUGUUAAUGGGGGGCGGGACCAUGCCCCUCAUCCGCAUCAUGGACAUCGAGGACAGCCAAUCACGACGCAGGAACAGGAAGGACAUCAACCUGAGCAAGACGGAGAAGAUGGGUAACACAAUAGAGUCAGAGCACCUCUCGGAGCUGACGGAGGAGGAGUACGAGGCUCAGAUCGUACAGAGGCAGGACCUGAAGGGCUUCCUGUGGCUCGACGCUAAAUACCUCAAUCCCUUCUUUACUCGCAGACUCACACAGGAGGAUCUGCUGCACGGGCGAAUCCAGAUGAAGACUCUGACCAAUAAGUGGUAUGAGGAGGUGCGACAGGGUCCCUCCGGGUCUGAGGACGAUGAAUCUGAACUGCUCUGAAACACACACACACACACACACACACACACAUCUCUCACAUCUACUAAAUAAGGUACACGGGCUGUACCAAGUCACUGGAACGUGCCAAAAACCACAUUUAUAAAGAUGGGAAGGAGAUCAAAUAGAAAGUAACACUGAUGUUAAUGUAACACUGUAUCAAAAA